AUGCUGGAGGAAGGAUACAGGGCUGGGACCGAGAAGAAGGACAGUUACAGAGCAUCUCACAGCAAAGUAAGACUGGAAGCGACGUUGUCAGUGGAAAGAAAUGCAGUUGUUGCUCUUCUCAAGCAGGUAAGUCAAUGUUUUUGAUGUUUUUUUCGUGUUUAGACGUCAAACUCUGAUGUACAAGAUUAUUAUUACGUCAAUAAAGGCGAUAGAAGCCAUUACAAUCAGUAUUUUGUUGAUGAAACAUCUAAAAUUAAAUCUUUUGGCUAUUUUGCAAUAAAAUUCAAUAAUUUUAGCAAACAAUCGACAACCAGGCUUGGUUCAGUGCCCACGGGUCGAAUAAUUACCACAGCAGGAUAGUGGAAUGUUGUCAAGAGCUCACUCUUAACAUAGAUCUGAUUAGUGGAUCAGUAAAGACGAUUCAAGAAGCCUCCUACAAGUGUGAUUAUGAUGAACAUACUCCUGGAAAUGGUUUUAGGUAUGAAGUUUUUUUAAAUAUUUUUUUUAUUGAAAAAUGUAUUUUACUUUUGAUUUUUUGUUUCCCAUACCCAUGUUGAUUAUUUAACUUCUAAUUUGUUACUCUUGACUACUUUUUAAUAUUCACCUAAAAAUUAUUUUAGGUCGUUGGUGUGUAUAUGUGAUACGGUAAUGUUGCAAUUGGUGGCCAUUAUGAAGAACUGCUCAGACAACAGGAACAGUAUAAUGUUCCGUUCUAAGUGGAUAUGCAAAGAAAUGGAGAGUUUUGCUGCUAUUUUCAGAUUCUUGAUAUUGGCUUUUCAACAUGUAAGUGUGAAAAUAGGGGUUGAAGGCUAUAUCUGUCGUUAAUUUGACUUAUAUAAUGAGAUGUUGCCAUAAACGUUGUGUGUAAAGGUUGUAAUAUAUAAUUCACUUAUUUAAUAUUUUAGGUUGUGUUUCUCCUUGAAGACAUGCCGUCAAGUUCGUUGUUCCCUCCUUUGGAUUCUGAUUACAUGAAAUACAGUGGAGUUCUGAAGGGAAUCGAGAAUCUGGACGCUUCUUGCUUCUAUGGUAGAUCUUUUGGGUUUCAAGUAAGUUUGAUCGUUAAGAUAUCAUAAUUGUAAUGCCUUUCAGUCAUUAUCGUUUUUUGAUAUCUAACCUUUGUUACUUUGAAUGUUUUAGUUCAGCCCUUCAGUAACUCGUAUCUUCCGACUGAUUGGAAUAGUACUAGCCACGUACAGUUUGUCUUGGGACAAUGGAUCGGCCGCUUUUUCGUCUCUGAUGGCUUCGUCUCGAUUCCUGUUGUCUCCAGAACAACGUGCUCAUCGUAUCAUUAAAGUGACACGCGAAGCCGACAUCGAGUUUUGUAGAGGAUUCUGGAAUCUGUCUGAGAUUCCAGCUCCAAAGUACUUUUGUCCUUCUAUGGCCGUGUACCAGAUGGUUCACAUUCCAAUGAUGGGACCACUGAAGAUGGAGAAGCAAGGUGGUGGAGUUGUCAUGAUCCCUGAACCAUCUUCGCACGGUCCACCGGCUCCAAUCAAGAUGCGGUUGUUUUCUUCAGUCUACAGAGAAGGCAUCGUAGGUUUUCAUAUUUUUUUACUUGAAGUUUAUCUUAUAGUAAAUGCUUAUACCUAUUGUUUUAUUAUAAUAGCAUAUCAAACUGUUCGUAAUUUUAGGCAACAAAUCCAGGUUGUCGUACUGUAUGUCCGGCUUCUCCCAAUCUCGUGGUCCAUUGUCACGGUGGAGGCUACGUGGCUACGACUUCCAAGUCUCACGAAACCUACCUCAGGUCAUGGGCCAAAGACCUCGGAUGUCCUUUGGUGUCGAUCGAGUACUCUUUGUCUCCAGAAUUCCCAUUUCCUCGCCCUACAGAAGAAGUACUUUAUGCAUUUGCUUGGAUGUUGAACAACCCGGAGAAGGUGGGCUGGACUGGGAAAAAGAUCGUGUUCUGUGGAGAUUCAGCUGGAGGGAAUCUGAUCGUGUCGACUUCACUGAAGCUGAUAGAAUUGGGAACCAAGAAACGACCAGACGGACUGGUGCCUAUCUACACUCCCUUCUUGUUUCAGGUAAAAUAUUUACUUUUAUUAGUCUACUAUGUUUACUGUACUUUACAUUUGAUUAUUGUCAGUGUAAAUUUUAUUAUUUAUAGUAUCUACCUUCGCCCUCUCGUGUCCUCAGUUUUAUGGAUCCUCUGCUCCAUAUGGGUGUGGUUAUACGAUGUGCAGCUGGUAAGAAUUAGUUUUUGUAAUUUAAAUUUACUUUUAAAUUUAUGUGAUGAAGCUUGAGAACUUAUUAUCACCGAUAUUGCAGCCUACACAAACGCCUGUCCCAACGGUACCAAAGCCGAGCAAGAUCGUCGUGAAGCUGAAGAGAAGGCUCAUGUUCAUCACAAAUCGUUGUUGGAAUACGUUGAUGAAAUCAACAAGCAGAAGGAGAACAUGGGUCUUUUUAAUUUGGCAGACUUUGGGUCACAACCCAUCGUAUCUCUGGUCAAUUUGACUGAAACAUCGCUCUCGACCAUGAACAUGUUCACUCCUAAUAACACAGCCUCGAUUACCUUGGACAAGAUAGUGGAAUCAGAAGCCAACACAUCGUCCUCAAGUGAUGAAACCAGAGAACGAUCGGGGAACGAUUCUGGAAUGAACACGAACGGAGAAGAGGAAGACGAAGAAGCAGAAGCUCAGCCCAAUAUUACUUUAGUCCAUGUGGAUGGAGACCCUAAUCAUAUCUGUCUCAGUGCCAAUAACUACGAUCACCAUUUAUUAGACUAUCUACAGAGUCAUCCUUUGACGAAAGAGUAAGUUGAUUGUAAGACAUUGUUAUUUCUGUAAUUUUUUGAAAAUAUUUUUGUUGUUUUUGUGCAUUAUUUAUUGUGUGCGUGCUUGUGAAGGUAUAUUAUCUAAAAUUUGAGUUUUAUAUGCUAUAUGUAACCUUUGUAUAUUUCAGUUCUCUUCAACCUCUUUCUGUGCCAACAUUAGAAGAAGACGACGAUGCGUUCGAGACUAGUUUCUAUGAAGAUUCAGAUGACACAACUCCAGUUCAGUCCAAGUCUUUCACCGCAUUCUCAACGCCCAAUAACAAGAUAUCGUUAUCAAACAAGAAACGGGUAACACAAACAGAACGUCCGGCUAAAACUAAAGUUACAGUAAGUCUUAAUUUUUUUGUAAACUUGUUUUUUGGCUUUAAUUUUUUAAAUAAUGGUCUAUAAGUCCUCUCAAAUGCGUGAAUGUACAGAUUAUUAUUAAAUCUAAUUAAAAAUAAUUAUAGCGAGGACGUUCCUUAAGCCAAUCUCUGCUAGACACGGCUUCACAAGCCGCAGGGCAUGCUUACGAUUCUUUUUCGAACUGGUUCGAAGGUGAACAUGCUCCUCUUGGUCAUGUUGACAAGCCCAAACUGACCCGGUCGAAGACGAUGAGCGUCUACGAAUCAGCUUUGAUACAACAAGCAGAAGCCGAAAAGAUGGAAUCUUGCUUCACGGAACUUCUCAAGCUGGAUCUACCUCGCGAAUACCUCAUAUCACCCAUGUACACUCCAGACGAGAUCCUCAAACAGCUGCCGCCUACUUAUUUUAUAGUAAGUCUUGCAAUGUUUGUGUUGUUUGCCGUAGUGUCAAGCAGAGUUCCCACGGGCUCCGGAGCCGGAGCUAAAAUUUGAAAAUGGUUGGAGCUGGAGCCGGAGCUAGGAUUUCUAAAUUUGGGAACUCUGGUGUCAAGUUAUAAAAUUAUACAUACAUAGUAAACUUUUUGAAACCAGUCAUUGACAUUACCUCAUUACUGUUCUAUUCCCUAAUAUUAAAUGUGGAUCGUACGUUAUGUUAAUAUAAAAUUUUUAGGCGUGCCACCUGGACCCCCUACUUGACGAUACAGUAUCUUUUGCACGUCGUUUGAGGAACGCUGGAGGUACCGUGAAGUCGGUGGAUCUCUUGGACGCCCUCCCCCACGGAUUCUUGAACUUCACUCCGAUGUCUAAAGAGUGCCAUGAAGGUGCACACGCUUGUCUCAGACGGAUCAAAGAAGCCCUUCUAUCGUAA